AUGUCGGCCUGUAAAAGAGUCCAGCAAUGGGCCACUUUUGCCCGCACCUGGCACAUAUUCGAUUGCAAAUGGCAAGAUCCCUAUCAAUCUGCUGGAGUUAUAAAGAAAUAUCUGAUGGGUAUGCACAAACCCAUAUACCAUCCAUUGAACGACUGCGGGGAUGUGGUGGUUUGUAUCAAUAGCAGAGAAAUUGCUUUACGCGGUGAAGACUGGAGAAGACGGGCUUACUUUCAUCAUACUGGUUAUCCUGGAGGUGCAAGCUGGACUUUGGCUUGGGAAUUACACAACAAGGAUCCAACUAUGAUAAUUAGAAAAGCAGUAUACAGAGCCAUGCAGGGUAAUCUUCAAAGGCGCCAUACAAUGGAGAGACUGUUCAUCUAUCCUGGUGAAGACAUCCCUGAGGAUGUUCUACAAAAUGUCACUAACCAGAUCAGACAACUCCGACUAGUGCCAACGAGGCUUGACCACAUCCCUGAAGAGGAAGUUAAGAAUUAUCCAAAAGUUAUGGACUACCCAGAGGAUUAUAUAUUGAAAUAA